UCUUGUACGUGUAGUGGUGGUGAACCGUUGUCCGCUCUUUUCAUCCUUUCAUUCUCUGCUGUUAUACUUUCGAAGAACAUUUUCUAUUGUACAGGAAAGAGGACGCUACCUUAGGUCCAUCCAUUCAUUAUCUAUUUAUCAACCGCCAGAAUGCGCACCACGACUCUCUUGACCACUGCCGCCACCCUUGGCCUCGCAACCAUCACUAAUGCCGCCACCACUACUACCAUCAACCUCUUCCAGCCUGGUGAGGAGACCAUCCCCUACGAUGAUGUGGAAGCAAGCGUCAUCGCUGUCAAUGGGGAUACCACCACUCUUGCUAUCGUUUGCGGUCCUUCAGCCGCUGCAUCGACUUGUGCCCUGCACAGCCCAGUUACCAUCACCGAGGGUCCUUCGACUUUCACCGUAAGUGCUGUCAUCACUUCCACCACCGACGAUGCAGCAUAUACAGUUACCCUCAUUGAAGACUGCGAUAUAACAUCGGUAACUCAAGGUGCCUCCUGCUCCAUCUCUAUGGAUUACACCGUCGCCUAUAGUGGCAUAACCACCUCUUACGCAACCUCUGCGGAAGCCUCAUUGGAGGCUAGCUUGAUGAAGUACUCGCCUGUGACAGUCACUGCGGGCGCGGACAAGUUAUCUGCUAGUGCGAAGGCUACCGGAACCUCGUCUGGCUCAUCUAGCAGUGACAACAAGAGUGGCUCUACUACCAGUGCUACUGGAAGCGCUGCGACUCAUGCGGCAUCUUCCUCCAAGACCUCCUCUGGAUCUAGUGCCUCCAGCACCCCCAAUGGCGCGGCUGGUCAGAGCACCAUGACCCUGGGUGGCGCCUUUGCUGCCGCUUUUAUUGGUGUCAUCGGCCUUCUGUGAGUGCGAGCAGGGCUUAAAUGACUGGAUGAACCGUCGCUUGGUAUGAAAGACCCUAGCCACCGACAGACGAGGCAGUGAUGAACUCUUAACUCCAUUCUCUUAUUCCCACAUACUGGAACAUGCACAUCUACAUGAACAUAUUCGCACUUCUUCAUCUAUAAUCUCUUAAGUUCUCGAAUAGUACGAUUCUUCUAUGCUGCCCUACUUUGCAGUUCUCCAGUAAAACCAGCAAUGACAAUGAGCUGCAAUGACUGCCACGGCCGAAAUUUUGGUUGAUUGCUAUUUAUACACAGAUUUGAAGUAACCAAUGCAUAUACGCCGACUAGUCAUAGUUGAUGCAGUGCAGGCUACCUUUAAAGCGUACAAGUCUUCUCUUUACAUGCUAGAGGUUGUACUGUUUACCGUUCACUCUAAUAUGUAGAUAGUAUGUAUCUACGGAGUACAUGAC